GUUAAAAGUUGAGAGGUCGAUUGAGCUAAAUAGUAUGGCUACGUUUCUGAUGCAUUCAUGGGGGGAUGCACUGUCAACACAAUCUGACAAUGAAUAAGCAUGUAUCUGAACACUUUUCGAAGUGUUAAUACACCGGUGUGAUUUCAAGUGAUCGGUGAAAGUAGCUUUUGCAGAUACACAUGGUAACAGAUUUUGACAUGCUGGCCGCGCACCUCUACGAGCUAACAGCUAACUAGCUGUUUGAGCCAAGCUGCUCACUUUACUUCUAAGAGGAAAUAAAAAAACAACAUCUGAAGGUAUGGCGGUGUCUGUGAGGGGCCUGUACUUUGUGGUGACCCUCUUCUUGGGCAGUUUCUUCGGGAGUGUGUUCAUGCUGGGCCCCUUCCUGCCCCUCAUGCUGGUGUCUCCGGCCUGGUACCGCUGGAUCACUGACCGCAUCGUAGCCACCUGGCUCACACUGCCUGUGUCUCUGCUGGAGCUGGUGUUUGGCGUGAAGGUGGUCAUAACGGGGGACGGCUUCGUCCCGGGCGAGCGCAGCGUCAUCGUCAUGAACCACCGCACGCGCCUGGACUGGAUGUUCCUGUGGUGCUGCCUGCUGCGCUACAGCUACCUGCGGAUGGAGAAGAUCUGCCUCAAGGCAGUCCUCAAGGCUGUGCCUGGCUUCGGAUGGGCGAUGCAGAUGGCGUGCUUUGUGUUCAUCCAGCGCCGCUGGGAGGACGACCGCAAGCACAUGGAGAGCAUGCUGGGAUACUUCUGUGACAUCAGAGAGCCUCUGCAGCUGCUGCUCUUCCCCGAAGGCACUGAUCUUACCGAGAACACCAGAGCGAGGAGCGAUGAGUUCGCUGUGAAGAACGGCCUUCCCAAGUUCGAGUAUGUGCUGCAUCCCCGCACCACCGGGUUCACCUUCAUCGUGGAAACUCUGCGCAAAGCGGACAACCUGGACGCCAUCCACGACAUCACCGUGGCCUACCCCAAGAACAUCCCGCAGACGGAGCGCCACCUCAUCAUGGGCCACUUCCCCCGCGAGAUCCACUUCCACGUGCGCCGCUACCCCGUGGCCUCCCUGCCCGCCGCGGCCGAGCUGCAGGCCUGGUGCCAGGAGCGCUGGGCGGAGAAGGAGGCCCGCCUGCGGGACUUCUACUCGGCGGAGCCGCGGGCCUUCGACCGGGAGGGCGUGGCGCGCGUCCCGCCCUGCAAGACGGAGCUCCGGGUGGCGCUGAUCAAGGCGGCCUCGCUGCUCUACUGGAGCGGCUUCAUCGCCUUCUGCUUCACGGCGCUGUGGCUGUGGGCGCCCGUCAGGCUCUACUGCCUGGCCAUGGUCGGCGUGUUCCUGGUCCAGCAGAAGGUGAUCGGAGGCCUGGAGCUGCUGGAGCUGGCCUGCCACCGCUACUGGAAGAACCUGGCUGGUGGCGGGGCAAAGGGGGCAAAGGUCUUGGGCGGCAAGACGCAGUGAUAAGACGAACGGAUGCAAGAGGGCGGAUGGAUGAAGAGGCGGCGCUGACUGGAAAGUGUGUCGUCGCCGUUCAACCGUCCUUAGCCCAGGGGGGCCGGGGUCGGGCUGAGGAGUUGCUUGCCCUCGACCGGACUCAGAACCCCUUGGUCUCGCGGACCCCGGCGUGAGGCCCUCCAGUCCUCCUCUGCUUCAAGAGAGCGAGGGGGAAGGUGCCGCUACAAUGAGGCAGUGUGCAGGGCUUGGACAAAGGGGUACGCUUUUUAGCGUACUGUGGGACGCGAAAGGAAAACCACGGAAGAAAGAAAUAUAGCAAGGACAAACGUUCCUUGGAAACCACCAGUGAGCCACCAGUGAACUUGCUUUGUAACAUUAUAUCGUUCCGUCCAUCCAGUUCCCGGCUGUUAACUCUGUGGAGUACAAUCAUAGGAUCUCCUACCAUGUCCAAUACAGUUCCUUAAUUAAUGCUUUUAUAGAUCUAGUUUGUGAUCAGUGAUCAUCCAGAACCCUGGUGUCCAGUUUUAUAGUGUACCAGACAUUACUUGUUUGUUAUCGUAAUAGUCUAGCAAUGACUUUGUUUUAAUUUGAUUGGUUUUAGGGUUUAUUUAUUUUGUUGGUUUCAUGUGUCAUUCAGGUGAAGGAACACAGCCAUAGUACAGCUCACAUGAUAAGUGCCAUGUGGACAUUUUUAUUCUUUUUCAUUUUUUUUAUCUAUUUGAGUCCAUAUUUGUAGUCCAUAUAGAUCAGAUUUUACGCCAAGAGUGGCUUUCUGAAGAAAACACUCAAAAA